AUGACUUCCAGCCACCAUAGCGCCGACGCUACAACUGAUCCACUGAAAAGGCUCAAGCGUAAACGUGCGUCCACCGAACCCGAAGCGUCGACAGAGCCAGGGCACGAUGCCUCGGCUUUCGCUGGAAAUCCUAGCUGCGACUCCCAGGAGAGUUCCGGCAGUUGUGGUCCAGCAACAACGGGACCAAAGAAGCGGAGAGGUCGUCCUCCUAAGCUUGUUUCCGAGCCCACCAUUGUCGAAAGCAACAUUGAAUGGCCCGCGUGGUUCAAGGAACUCGACAAGACGCACAGGGCUUUGAACCUCGUCUACACCUUUUGCUCUACGCGAAAGCAUCUGGCGACUACGUUUGAGACGAUACGGUCCACGGUUGAGUCUCACACAAAGCGCUCCUUAACGAUUGAAGAUGUAGCCGCCAUUGUAGCUUUACGUCCGGAGGGCAUUCAGUUUGCCUAUGUCGAUGAGCUAAUGCUACAGCUAGAUGCAAGGGGUGCCGAAAAGGAUGAUACCUUCAAGACAGGAAGGUAUGCUGGGAAGUCAUCUCAGUCCUUUGCGCCCGAUGCGUCUGUUGGCGGUAUGACCGGCUUGGAAGGGCUAGGCGAUGCUGGCCCGUACCAUACCGGGGAAGAUGAGCAAGAGUCGAAAUCUGGACGGGAGGUCCUCUACUUUGAGUUCAUUGAUGAAGAUCUCAAGAGGCAAGUCCAGGACAAGAAAACAGGAGACCCGACUAAGCCGACUCGCAGGCUUCGACAUGAGGAUGUCAAAAUGCCUGUGUAUAGUCAGAAGCAAAUGACGGCACUAAUAGAAAAGAGGAACACCAAGUUCGCCAAUGCAGUCAACAUCUUCUUGAACCGCUGUGCUGCAGAAAGUCUAGAUCCGGAAAUGGCACUCAUAAGUGAGUCCGAACCCUUCGUUCCCAGGCCUUCAACACCAAGAGCGUCAACCCCCCAGCCAAAACCUAGCACCUUACCCGCAAGCAUUCCGAAGGAGAGGAAAAGUAUUCCGGAGAUCGUACAGGAGCUGAAGGAUAGUCCGUGGUACACCGGCCAGAUAGUGCCCGAUGGCCAUCGAGUAUUCGAGGCUCAGGAACCUGUUUACGGCUAUCUGAACUUUCUACUCAGCCAAGAUCUGGUUAACGCGCUCUACAAUACCAAGGGAAUUACUCAGUUUUAUGCACAUCAAGCUGAUGCCAUCAACGCUUUACACGACGGGCAUCAUGUGGUGGUGUCCACGUCCACCAGCUCGGGAAAGUCUCUCAUCUACCAAUUGCCUGUUAUACAUGCCCUUGAGCAGGACCGGAAUACGCGAGCCAUGUACAUCUUCCCGACUAAGGCGCUUGCGCAAGACCAGAAGCGGAGCCUGAAGGAAGUCAUGAGCUUUAUGCCUGGACUGGAAGAGAUGCUCGUUGAAACCUUUGACGGCGAUACGCCAAUGCAUGACAGGAAUAUUAUCCGCGAUGAUGCACGCAUCAUAUUCACAAAUCCUGAUCUGCUGCAUAUCACGAUUUUACCUCAGGAGGAAAGGUGGAGGACGUUUCUGCAGAACCUGAAAUAUGUUGUUGUGGAUGAACUGCACUAUUACAACGGCUUAAUGGGUUCACAUGUUGCCUUCAUCAUGAGACGACUGCGUAGAAUAUGCGCAGCAGUCGGAAAUACGCAUGUUCAGUUUAUCUCGUGUUCAGCAACCGUGGCCAACCCAAAGGAGCAUUUCACUACCAUCUUCGGCGUCGAAAACGUCAAGCUCAUCGACUUCGACGGCUCUCCAUCGGGUCGCAAGGAGUUUCUCUGCUGGAACACUCCGUACAAAGACCCUGGAGAUCCGUCCAGCGGACGCGGCAAUGCCAAGUUUGAGUGUUCUCGCCUGUUCUGCGAGCUCAUCCUCCGCGGCGUCCGUGUCAUCGCAUUCUGUCGCGUACGCGAACACUGCGAAAAACUGGUUAAUGCGGUCAAACAGGAACUGGAACACAGAGGCCGCUCUGAAUGCAUCUCUCGAGUCAUGGGGUACCGAGGCGGUUACACUGCCCAAGACAGGCGGCAAAUCGAGACAGAAAUGUUUGAGGGCAAGCUCAUGGGCAUCGUGGCGACCACCGCUCUCGAGCUUGGUGUUGACAUCGGCACCUUGGACUGCGUCAUGACUUGGGGGUUUCCGUACACAAUAGCGAACCUCAGACAGCAGAGUGGGAGAGCUGGCCGGCGGAAUAGAGACUCUCUGUCGAUCUUGGUUGGGGACAGUUUCGCAACCGACCAGUAUUACAUGCAAAAUCCGGAUGAACUCUUCACAAAACCGAAUUGUGAGCUUCAGGUGGACUUGGAGAAUAUGUUGGUCAAGGAGGGCCAUAUCCAAUGCGCGGCAUACGAAAUGCCAAUCCUACCGGCUAAGGAUUCCAGAUACUUUGGUGACGAUCUAGCAACGGUUUGCGAGGAGCGGCUGCUCAAGGGUGACCGGGGCUUUUACCAUUGCCAUGAUAGGUUUCGACCCCGGCCGUCACAGUUUGUAUCAAUACGCGACACCGAAGAAGACCAUUUCGCCAUCAUCGACGUUACAAACAACCGAAACGUUGUCCUAGAGGAGUUGGAGGCAUCCCGAGCGACCUUCACCAUCUACGACGGAGCCAUAUUCCUACACCAGGGUAACACCUACCUCGUACGGGACUUCAACCCCGACAAAAAGAUGGCGCGAGUCGAGAAGGUCAAGGUGGACUGGACCACCGAGCAGCGGGAUUACACGGACAUUGACCCGGUAGAGACCGAAGCCAUCCGGCGCAUCAACGGAUCGAAAUCGCUCGCCUACCAUGGCGCCAUCAAAAUCACCCAAGUCGUCUUCGGCUACUUCAAAGUCGACAAGAAGAACCGCAUUCUCGACGCCAUCCAAGUCGACAACCCGCCCGUCAUCCGCUACAGCAAGGGCACCUGGCUCGACGUGCCCCGCCAGGCGCUCGAGAUCCUCGUGUCGCGGCGCCUCCACGUCGGCGGCGCCAUCCACGCCGCCCAGCACGCCAUCAUGAGCCUCAUGCCCAACUUCGUCAUGAGCAUGCCGGGCGACGUGCGUACCGAGUGCAAGAACCACCUCAAAGAGUUCGCCAGGCGGGAGACGCAGCGGAAGCGGCCGGCUCGCCUGACCUUCUACGACGCAAAGGGGGGCGCGGGCGGGUCGGGCAUCAACACCAAGGCGUUCGAGUUUAUCGACACAUUACUGAGGAAGGCGCUCGGUCGGGUGUUGGCGUGUCAGUGUCGCGAGGGUUGCAUUGAGUGCGUGUGCUCGGAGCUCUGCAAGGAGGCUAAUUCGGUCAUCAGCAAGGCGGGAGCGGAGGUGAUUCUCAAGAGUUUGUUGGAUGAGGAGAUUGAUGUCGAGAGCUUGCCGAUGGGACCGGAGGAGACCAGUCCGGCGGGCGUGCAGACGGUUGUUUUGGCGAAACCGGUGCCGCCGCGGAACAGGAAGACGGUCAAAAUUAUCGGGCUGGCAGGUGAGGAGAUUGAGAUUCAGGUCAAUGGUGAGCGGGAUGAUGAGGAGGAGGAGGAGGAGGAGGAUGGUUCAUGA